GGUCCUCUCAUUAUGUUUACAUUUUGAAACUUUCAGGAAGGAAAGCAAAUUCUUUAGAAAACAAUUCUCUGAUCUCAAUUUACAGUCAAGAUGAUGAAAUAUGACAAUGAUCAGUUAGUAGAUAAAUCUGCAUGUGCCGGUGUCAGGGCAGAUCUUAAAAUGUGUUUACUUGAGAGUGAUUGUUGUAAACUUCAUAAGAAAACACCAAAAGAAUGUCUCAACAUGCAUGAUGGAUCAGUUCCCAAUGAAUGUCAAGUACUGCGAAACACUUUCUUUGAAUGCAAACGCUCUCUGCUUGACAAUAGAACAAGAUUCAGAGGUCAUAAAGGAUAUUAGAAGAUAUUUAAAAAAGUUUUUCAUAUAAUUAAUAAUAGAAAACAUAAAAUUUGUAAGGAAGAGAAAUGUCUCUUCCCUCCAAUCCUGAUGAUGAUGAUAAAAUUUGUAAUUUAAAAGAUUCUCAAAUCAGAAUUAAAAAACAAAAGGAGAACAAUUAAAGAAAAAUCUUUUUAUUUGCAUUUUUCAAAGCUCUUCAGGCAAGAAACUUGAGAUUGAAAAAAUCGAUACAUCAGAAAAGCAUUUAACUAUUCUUCAUUUCUAAAAUUUAAGCCGCCAAGUAAGUGACAUGCGAAAUUGAUUUAGAAAUUGAAUUUAGUUUAAUAUCUACAGACAAAUUUUCUUACACCACUGAUAUUCCACAAUUAACAUUUAAAGUGAAUCAUUUUUAUAUCGAACAGAGAUUCAAAAAAAAAUCUUCACAAAACUUUAAACUAAAAGUUUUCUUUUUACAAUUUUACAUUUUUUUCUGCUUCAUGCAAACUACACAAAUCUACAUAAACCAGCGCUGCAACAUAAUUUUAUGCACUUGCUUUGUUUAUUUUUCAUUCUAUUUAAUUAUCACAGCUUUGUACGUAUAAUCCAAUUGAAUUAAUCUCUUAAAAUA